AUUGCGUGGUUUCCCAUUGUGUACAUGCUGUAUGGUAGAUGCUCUCCUGCUUGUCCUGUUACUCAUAUUAAUUAAUAUUGAAGAGUUUCUUCUCAAAAUAAGGACUUGUAGGUCAACUUGAUGUAUUUGGACAUUUAGGUACCUUUUCUAUGCUCCAAGAGAAGUGUUUGUGCCGACUUUACAGUGGUGCAACCUGAGUCUUCUCACAUUCAAAAUCCCCUUCAUUUUUUUAUAAGGACUAUGGAGACCUCCAUUUGCAUUUGCUAAUUACCAACCCAUCUAUCGGUACUUUCUUGUCUUUUCUAAACAUUUAGAAAUCGCAUAAAAAAUAAAAACAAAGGGCUUACAAGCAAACAAAUGGUACUGACAUCACAUGUUGACUAUAUAUGUAUUCACUGCAUGAACCAAGGGUGUGUGGCUGGGCUGGGGAGGCAUAGAUAGCAUCAGGUCGCAGCAUUGGAGAUGGAGGUGAAGCUCUUCAUCGAGCAGCUAGUCGGCGUCACUGGUGAUGAUCAUGAGCAUUUCCUGCUUAGGAUCAAGAACCGUUUUGACCGUGUUGGCUUGGAGCUUCCGACGAUUGAGGUGCGUGCUGAGGGGCUUGUGGUGGAGACGGAGGCAUAUGCUUGCAGAUCACCGGCGACACCCACAGUCUUCAGCUCCAUGGUCAACACAGUUCUGGAUCUUGUGAAUGUUCUGCAUUUGUUACCAAAUACCUGGAAGACCAAGUAUACCAUCCUUCAUGAGACUAAUGCCAUCAUCAAGCCACACAGGAUGACUUUGCUUUUAGGUUCUGCGGGAUCAGGAAAAAGCACAUUGCUGAAAGCCUUGGCUGGAAAGUUGGAUCCAAGACUGCAGGUGUUGGGGAGAGUCACAUACAAUGGCCACAGGAUGGAAGAGUUUGUUCCCGAGAGGACGGCGGCAUACAUAAGUCAGGAAGACCUUCACGCUGGGGAGAUGACCGUGAGGGAGACACUGGCUUUUGCGGCGAGGUGCCUAGGCACUGGUGACCGUCACGAUUUACUGGCUGAGUUGACGAGGAGAGAGAAGGAAGCAAACAUCACACCAGAACAUGACAUCGACAUGUUCAUGAAGGAAUCUGCAAAUGGAGGCGAGAGCAACAUGGUUAUAAACUAUGUAAUGCAGAUCAUAGGACUUCAUACGUGUGCAGAUACUUUAGUUGGAAGUGAUAUGGCUAGAGGUAUAUCUGGUGGGCAAAAGAAACGUGUCACUAUAGGGGAAUUACUCAUUAGUCCAGCAAGAGCCUUAUUCAUGGAUGAGAUCUCAACUGGACUUGACAGCUCAACCGCAUUCCAGAUAAUGAAUUUUCUGCGGCAAAUGGUUCACAUCCUUGGGGAAACAGCCUUAAUAUCUCUACUUCAACCAUCACAAGAAAUAUAUGACCUUUUCGAUGAUAUCAUCCUCCUCUCAGAAGGACAUGUUGUGUAUCAAGGCCCCAAGGAGAAAGUUGUUGAUUUAUUUGAGUCACUGGGCUUCAUAUGUCCUCACAGAAAAGCUAUUGCUGACUUUUUAUUAGAGGUGACCUCAAGAAAGGAUCAACAGCAAUACUGGUCAAGGGUAGAUGAACCUUAUCAGUACUUCACAGUGCAGCAAUUUUCCAAGGCUUUUCAUGAUCAACUCACCAUUAGAAAGGUUCUUGGAGUACCAUUUGUGAGGAAUCUGAGCUCUUUGUCUGCUCUAAAAACUUCAAAGUAUGGUGUGACAAAAAGAGAGUUGGCCAAAGCCAUAUUUGCUAGAGAAAUCUGUCUUUUGAGGAGAAACCCAUCCAUCUACAUAGUAAAUUGUGUACAUCUCACAAUGUUGUCACUCAUCACAAUGAUGGUGUUCUGGCACAAAAAUAUGCGCCAUGACUCAGUGGAUGCUGGAGGGAUAUAUUUGGGGGUGUUAUUCUUCUGUGUGAGUGAAACCAUGUUCAGUAAUAUGUGUGAUCUUGGUACAACAGUCAUGAAAUUGCCACUUUUCUUCAAGCAAAGAGAUGUUUUCUAUCCGGCGUGGGCUUAUACUUUUCCUACAUGGAUUCUUAAGAUUCCUAUUACGCUUAUUCAAGUUACAAUCUGGGUUACUGUGACAUACUACCCAAUUGGAUUUGACCAGAAUAUUGGGAGGUUCGUCAAGCACUACUUCUUGCUGCUAGCACUCAGUCAGAUGUCAUCUUCCCUCUUCCGUUUGAUUGCUGGAGCCACAAGAAACAUGUUUGCAGCAAAAAUAUUUGGGACUUUCACAGUGCUUAUUCUUCUGCUAUUAAGUGGAUUUAUACUUUCAAGCAAAAAUCUAAAUAAAUUUUGGAUGCUUGGCUACUGGAUCUCACCAUUGAUGUAUGCACAGAAUGCUAUUUCAACAAAUGAAUUUACUGCUCACAGCUGGAGUAAAGUACUUCCUGGAUCAUCAGAUUCAUUAGGAGCAAGUGUCUUAAAAUCCCGUGGGCUAUUUUUAGAAACAAAGUGGUACUGGAUUGGCUUAGGUGCUCUCGUUGGAUACACAUUUCUCUUCAACUGCCUCUACACUGUGGCUUUGGCAUGCUUCAAAUCUCCAGGUAGAACCUUUGUAUCGGGAUCUGAAAAGGCACAGCUGGACAAAAAACAUGAGGAAUCAAGUAUAAAUGCUCCUUCAAUAAAAUUUCAUCAGCAAAGAGUUGUGAAUGAGUCGCGGAAUUCUGUAAACAGAAGGGUAACACUUCCAUUCGUGCCACUCUCACUUACCUUUGACAACAUAAGAUACUCAGUAGACAUACCAAAGGAAACAAAUGUGCUAGGUGGGACCAAGGAUCGACUGGAGAUACUGAAGGGUGUGAGUGGAGCCUUCAGGCCAAGUAUGUUGACUGCAUUGAUGGGCUGCAGUGGUGCUGGAAAGACAACGCUGAUGGAUGUCUUAGCUGGAAGGAAAACUGGAGGCUACAUUGAAGGGACAGUACACAUCUCGGGCUACCCAAAGAAGCAAGAAACAUUUUCCCGUGUGUUUGGAUACUGUGAACAGUCAAAUAUCCACUCUCCACACUUGACUGUGCUUGAGUCACUUUUAUUCUCUGCAUGGCUUCGAUUACCCUCAGAGAUAGACUCAUUGACAAGAAAGAUGUUUGUUGAGGAUGUGAUGGAGCUUUUGGAGCUUACAUCACUUCAAGAUGCACAUGUUGGACUUGCUGAGGUGAAUGGUCUUUCAAAUGAGCAACGGAGGAGACUAACCAUUGCAGUGGAGCUUGUAGCUAAUCCUUCUAUCAUUUUCAUGGAUGAACCAACCUCAGGGCUUGAUGCUCGGGGUGCAGCAAUCGUGAUGAGGACUGUCAGGAACCUUGUGAACACUGGUAAAACCAUUGUCUGCACCAUCCACCAGCCAAGCAUCGACAUCUUUGAAACCUUUGAUGAGGGAAUAGAAUGUGUCAAUAGGAUAAAAGAUGGGCAUAACCCUGCAACAUGGAUGCUGGAGGUUACCUCAACUGUUCAAGAGCAGAUGUUAGGGGUUGAUUUUUCUGAAAUAUACAAAAGAUCAGAACUAUAUCAGAGAAACAAGGCAUUGGUAGAAGACCUAAGCAGGGCUCCUGCUAGCUCUAGUGAUCUCCUUUUCCCAAAAAAAUUUCCACAGGCUUUGCUCAAGCAAUGUCUAAUAUGCUUGUGGAAGCAAAAUUUGUUAUAUUGGAGGAAUAUUCAUUAUAUUGGAGGUAGAUUUUUUGUUACUACUGUCAUUGCACUGCUUUUUGGUACAGUAUUUUGGAACCUUGGCAUGAAAAGAACGAAAGCACAAGAUUUGUUUAAUUCCAUGGGGUCAAUUUACUCUUCCGUUCUCAUGCUUGGUGUUCAGAAUGCAUCUGGUAUACAGCCAGUGGUCACAAUGGAAAGGAUAGUGUUCUACAGAGAAAGAGCAUCUGGAAUGUACUCUCCCAUUCCUUACGCAAUCGCCCAAGUUGCUAUUGAACUGCCUUACGUAUUUGUUCAGACUUUGAUAUACGGAGUUUUGGUAUACACAAUGAUGGGGUUUGAGUGGACUGUAGCUAAAUUCUUCUGGUACUUAUUCUUCAUGUACUUCACGCUCCUGUACUUCACAUUCUUUGGAAUGACGACUGUGGGAUUCACGCCAAACGCUGGUAUAGCAGCAAUAUUGUCCAAUGCCAUCUAUGGCUUUUGGAACCUUUUCUCUGGGUUUCUUAUCCCUGUAUAUAGAAUUCCUAUCUGGUGGAGAUGGUACUAUUGGAUAUGCCCAGUUGCAUGGACAUUGUAUGGUCUGGGUGCCUCACAGUUUGGGGAUGUUGAGGGGAAACUUGACACCGGCGAGACUGUAGCAGAGUUUAUGAGGAGUUACUAUGGGUUUAAGCAUGAAUACUUGGAAGUGAUUGCCACAGCGACCAUGGCAUGUUCUGUAGCUUUUGCGUUUUUAUUUGGCUUUUCCCUAAAAUAUAUCAACUUUCAGAAGAGAUGAGAGUGCCCUUGCAAGUUACAAAAUGAAGUUAUCUGGAAGCAUGAUUAGUAGUGGCAGAUACGGAUCGGUAAUGGAAACGGGUAGAGAGGGCGACAGAUUUUUUUUUUCCUUCUAGAUGUAAAUUCAUCUUUACUUGUUUGACAUGGUACGCUGAUUUAUAAUUUGUGUGGUCUUGUUGGUUGGCUACUCCAAUCAUAAGUGCUUGAAUGUUAGUUUCCAUAAUGUUUGGUGUAUACACCUCUUCCAUGUCAUCCAAAGGCAAAAGUUGUAGCAUAACCAAAAUUGUAAAGCAAUAAAAGUGAUGUAUUAAAGCUGGAAUCAGUGAAAUCAUAUUUCUU